AUGAAGUUGGCCUUUAUCGCUUGGAGAGACUCUAAAAACUGGGCAAGAGCACCGCCAACCGCUCAGCACAACCGCUGUCCAGCGUCCGAUAUCCUAACUGGUGGAGGGACCUUAUCGAAAGCAGAACUAGGGACGCUGCACGGAGGGAAGGAGAGCUUCGACAGUGCCGGUGCUGGUUCCUUUGAACCUCCAUCCUCUGUCAUCGCCUCCACGAUGCUCUCGUUUCCUGCUAACACUUCCCCAUCUCAUGCAGAGCCUGCCCCAUCGUUAUUAGCCAUUAUCCUUGAUACCAAUCCUCACGCCUGGGCGCUGCUCGAGAAGUCUCUCCCACUCUCUAAGGCUCUUGCCAACAUACUGGUGUUUAUAAAUGCCCACUUAGCCUGUAACUAUACCAAUGAGGUUGCUGUCGUUGCGGCCCAUAGCCAGCGGGCCGCUUGGCUGUAUCCCUCCCAUCGCCAACAGAAUAGCACCCCGGGUUCGGUUGAUGCAGAUGGCGAUAUUGAGAUGAAUGGGCAUGCCGAUGAAGGGUCCGCUUCCCGCUCCACUGCUCAGGCGAACAAGUACCGUCCCUUUCGCGUCGUCGAAGAGCAAGUCACUCGGAACCUGCGGGAGCUCCUGGCUUCUACCGACGCCUCCCAUGUGAGCUCCACCACCUCAACUAUGAUGGCGGGUGCCUUGACGCUGGCACUCAGCCACAUCAACCGCCGGACCAUCUCCUGGGCGGAUGCGCACGGUGGUUCGAAUUUGGAUGAUUCUCCGGCGGCAACGUCGGCAGCCAUGGUCCCAGGCGCCCCUACAAACACAUCAUCUGGGGCGGCCAGUACGUUCAUGGGCCUCCAGUCCCGGAUUUUGAUAAUCUCCGUCAGCAGUUCGACGGAUUCUGCACAUCAAUAUAUCCCGAUCAUGAACAGCAUCUUUGCUUGCCAACGAUUGCACAUCCCCAUUGACGUCUGUAAAUUGAGCGGCGACGCCGUCUUCUUGCAGCAAGCCUCGGACGCUACGGGAGGUGUCUAUAUGUCCCUUUCUGAACCCCGUGGCUUAUUGCAGUACCUUAUGAUGGCGUUUCUGCCUGACCAGCGGUCCCGACAGCAUCUCGUGUUGCCUUCACGGGUUGAUGUCGAUUUCCGAGCCGCCUGUUUCUGUCACCGUCGUGUGGUCAAUAUCGGAUUCGUCUGCUCUAUUUGCCUCAGUAUCUUCUGUGAGCCCCCUGAAAACGGCGACUGUUUGACCUGUGGCAACCACUUGGAGGUGGGCGACUAUGGCGCGCGGCCUGUCGUCCUGGCGCGGAAGAAAAAGAAGAAGAAAGCGCGUAUGAAUGGCACGUCCGCUACUGCGACGCCUACCCCGACGACUACCCCAGCACCGUGA